AUGGACUUCCAGCAUCGUCCUGGGGGCAAGACUGGGAGCGGGGGCAUGGCCUCCUCUUUUGAGAGCAACCGUGACCGUGACCGGAGGGAGCAUCUCCGACAGCUGGCCCUGGAGACCAUAGACAUCAACAAGGACCCUUAUUUCCUGAAGAACCACCUGGGCUCACAUGAAUGCAAGCUGUGCCUGACACUCCACAACAACGAGGGGAGCUACCUCACACACACCCAGGGGGAAAAGCACCAGACCAACUUGGCCCGGUGAGCAGCCAAGGAGGCCCCAGCCCAGCCAGCGACAGAGAAGGUCAAGGUGUAAGUAACGAAGUUUGUGAAGAUUGGCCGCCCGGGCUAUAAAGUGACCAAGCAGAGGGACACAGAAAUGGGCCAGCAGAGCCUCCUCUUCCAGAUCGACUAUCCUGAGAUUGCUGAUGGUAUCAUGCCACGCCACCGCUUCAUGUCUGCCUACGAGCAGAGAAUCGAGCCCCCAGACCGGCGCUGGCAGUAUCUGCUUAUGGCUGCUGAACCCUGUGAGACCAUUGCUUUCAAGGUGCCGAGCAGAGAAAUCGACAAGGCUGAGGGCAAGUUUUGGACUCACUGGAACCGGGAAACCAAGCAGUUCUUCCUUCAGUUCCACUUUAAGAUGGAAAAGCCGCCUGCCCCACCAAGCCUCCCCACUGGGCCUCCUGGGGUGAAGCGGCCACCACCCCCACUAAUGAAUGGUUUGCCCCCACGGCCACCACUGCCUGAGUCUUUGCCUCCACCCCCACCAGGAGGCCUACCUCUGCCCCCCAUGCCACCCAGUGGGCCUACACCUACAGGACCCCCGGGCCCUCCCCAGCUGCCCCCCCCAGCUCCCCGGGUCCACCCUCCAGCACCAGUGGUCCACCCACCAACAUCUGGGGUCCACCCUCCAGCUCCCGGGGUCCAUCCCCCAGCACCAGUGGUCCACCCACCAACAUCUGGAGUCCAUCCCCCUGCUCCUGGGGUUCACCCUCCAGCCCCAGGAGUCCACCCUCCAGCCCCAGGAGUCCACCCUCCCCCAUCUGCUGGUGUCCACCCCCAGGCCCCAGGGGUGCACCCACAAGCUGCUUCUGUCCACCCCCAGGCUCCAGGGGUCCACCCCUCAGCCCCUGGGAUUCACCCCCAGCCUCCUGGGGUCCAUCCCCCCAAUCCUGGGGUCCACCCCCCAGCUCCCCUGCCCCCCAUGCUGAGACCCCCACUGCCCUCCAACGGCCCUGGAAACAUUCCACCCCCUCCCCCAGCCAACUGA